CCUGCCUCUUCGCUUUAUGGUGCCCCCUCCGUCCACGUGUGAAGCUGGAACACCUACCUUAUCUCUUUCAUGAACUUAGAACAAAGCACGUAGAAGCCUCUUUCAUCAACGCUUCUAUUUCUCCUUAGAAUUUAGUAAAACCUGGGAUCUGUACUGCAAAAAAAAUUGAAAUUUUUGCAGAAAACUCUGGACAUUGCAAACUCUUCUUUCCUGCAAGUUCUGUCCUCAUAUCUUACUCCUACAAGCUGAGUUGGGCUGCUUUAUAUCAGUCUAGAAGAAAGCCAUAAUAUUUUCCAACUUUUCGACUGCAUCUCAAGUGUUCGCUGUUUUUCCUCAACAAGGAAGCUUCCAUGGCUCUUCAGGCUAAUGGUGCGGCUUUCAGUCUUCUUCAUCGAAGGAAGGCUUUUUCAGUUAAGGCUGUGGUUUCCGAGAAUGUUUCGGUCUUCCCGGUAGAGGAGGAGAAGGUGAAGCUUGGAGGGUCGGAUUUGAGGGUCACUAAGUUGGGUGUUGGUGCUUGGUCAUGGGGUGAUACCACUUACUGGAAUGAUUUUCAAUGGAAUGAUAGAAAGCUUAAGGCAGCCAAGGCAGCUUUCAAUGCAAGUAUUGAUGGUGGAAUAAACUUCUUUGACACAGCUGAAGUCUAUGGUGCUGGGUUCAUGGGAGCUGUUAACUCAGAAACACUGAUUGGAAGGUUCAUCAAAGAGAGGCAAAAAGCUGGUCCAGUUGAUGUAACCAUUGCCACAAAAUUUGCAGCAUUACCUUGGAGAUUAGGCCGCGGCAGCAUCAUUUCUGCUCUUAAAGCCUCCUUGUCUCGGCUUGGUCUUUCAUCAGUUGAUCUCUAUCAGCUGCAUUGGCCUGGAAUAUGGGGAAAUGAAGGUUACAUUGAUGGCCUUGGAGAUGCUGUUGAAAUGGGUUUGGUGAAGGCUGUUGGUGUCUCAAAUUACAGUGAAAAAAGGCUCAGAGAAGCCUACAAUCGGCUAAGGAUUCGUGGAAUUCCACUGGCUUCUAAUCAAGUGAACUACAGUCUUAUAUACAGGAUUCCAGAGAAGAAUGGGGUGAAGGCUGCUUGUGAUGAACUGGGUGUAACUUUGAUUGCUUAUUCUCCUAUUGCUCAAGGAGCCCUGACAGGGAAGUACACACCAGAGAAACCCCCAACUGGUCCUCGGGGCCGCAUUUACACUCCUGAGUUCCUCACAAAGCUGCAACCUCUUCUGAACAGAAUUAACAAGAUUGGACAGAACUACGGAAAAACGUCCACACAGGUGGUUCUAAAUUGGUUGAUUUGUCAGGAGAAUGUGGUACCCAUUCCAGGAGCCAAAAAUUCAGAGCAAGCUGCAGAGUUUGCAGGCGCUCUUGGGUGGAAGCUCAAAGAUCAGGAGAUUGAGGAACUCCGUUCACUCGCAGCUGAAACACAACCAGUUGUAGGCUUCCCUGUGGAAAAAUUUUAGCUUCAUAAUUUUUUAUGAUUACUGUUUGUUUAUGAUUGCUAUUAGCUUUCUAAGCUAUGCUUGAAAAUACUAUAUUUCAACAUUAGUUUUUGGUAGCUGAGUCGGUGUUUUCACUGCCAACAGCUUUCAUAAUGAUUUAUGAUAAAUUUACAUUCAUA